UGGCGGAGACCCCGGUGGGGGUAGCGGGGGGGUCCCGGGAGGCCGAGGGAAGCAAGACAUCGGGGACAUUCUGCAGCAGAUAAUGACCAUCACCGACCAGAGCCUGGACGAGGCCCAGGCCAAGAAACACGCCCUAAACUGCCACCGAAUGAAGCCUGCUCUCUUUAGCGUCCUGUGUGAAAUCAAGGAGAAAACCGGCCUCAGCAUUCGAAGCUCCCAAGAGGAGGAGCCGGUGGACCCACAGCUGAUGCGCUUGGACAACAUGCUUCUGGCAGAGGGUGUGGCUGGGCCUGAGAAAGGGGGGGGCUCAGCAGCAGCCGCUGCAGCUGCUGCAGCCUCCGGGGGCGGCGUGUCCCCUGACAACUCCAUCGAACACUCGGACUAUCGUAGCAAACUUGCCCAGAUCCGCCACAUCUACCACUCGGAGCUGGAGAAGUAUGAGCAGGCAUGCAAUGAGUUCACAACCCAUGUCAUGAACCUGCUGAGGGAGCAGAGCCGCACAAGGCCUGUGGCACCCAAAGAGAUGGAGCGCAUGGUGAGCAUCAUCCAUCGAAAGUUCAGCGCCAUCCAGAUGCAGCUCAAGCAGAGCACCUGCGAGGCCGUCAUGAUCCUGCGUUCCCGUUUCCUGGAUGCCAGACGAAAGCGCCGUAACUUUAGCAAACAGGCCACUGAGGUCCUAAAUGAAUAUUUCUACUCCCAUCUGAGUAACCCAUAUCCUAGUGAGGAGGCUAAGGAGGAGCUCGCCAAGAAGUGCGGCAUCACCGUCUCUCAGGUCUCCAACUGGUUUGGCAAUAAGCGGAUUCGCUAUAAGAAAAAUAUUGGAAAGUUCCAAGAGGAGGCAAACAUCUAUGCUGUCAAGACUGCCGUGUCAGUCACCCAGGGGGGCCACAGCCGCACCAGCUCCCCGACACCCCCUUCCUCCGCAGGCUCUGGUGGCUCUUUCAAUCUCUCAGGAUCCGGAGACAUGUUUCUGGGGAUGCCCGGGCUCAAUGGAGAUUCCUAUUCUGCUUCCCAGGUUAGGUGCCCCAUUUCCCUGCAGGUGGAAUCACUCCGACACUCGAUGGGGCCAGGGGGCUACGGGGAUAACCUCGGGGGAGGCCAGAUGUACAGCCCUCGGGAAAUGAGGGCAAAUGGCAGCUGGCAGGAGGCUGUGACUCCGUCUUCAGUGACAUCCCCAACAGAGGGACCAGGGAGUGUUCACUCUGACACCUCCAACUGAUCUCGCCCCUCAGGGUCACAGGGGUGGGGGCUCUCACAAGGCGACUCUUGAAGAGGACGCAGGCAUCCAGAGAACAAACCCCAGAUACAGGAGAAGCACAAGACGGAGAAGGGCAAAUGGGGUCAUCGCCUCCCCAACUAGACUCUCUCAGUGCUGGGGGAGCUGACUACAUGGCAGGAAGAAUGGGGCCCCUUAGGGGAGAGUGGGGUCUGUCUCCCCAUUUUUUCCAUCUUUUUUCUCUCCCCUCCUCUCACACAGAAACACAUACCCAGAAACCUGUCUCAGACCCCUUUUUCUUCUUUUUUCUCUCCCUCUCUCCCAUAUAUAUACUCCCACAUACAACUAUUCUGUUUCUCUUUCUGAGCUCCCCCACUUUCCCUUCCCUACCCCACUUAUAUGCUCUGGAAUCUGCGGAGAUGCCAGCCCUGCCUGACCAGAGAUGCCAAAAAUGGGGACAACUUCUGGACAGAGAACACGGGCCACGCCCCCUGUGCAUCCCCACCCCCUGCCCCUCCAGAUGGCUUUAUUACCUCAUACGCAGCUCAUCUUAAACCAAUAGAAUCGUUCGGUGGACGAGAGUGUCUGACUCAGAUAUCUACCUCGGAGGGAGUUUCUGCUACUUUAGGGAAUUAUUGACUGGGUUUUAGGGUUGGACUUUUUUUUAAAGGAAAGAAAAAGAAACCCUGGGAUCCAUCUGUAAUUUUUUAUUUGUUUUUGUUGUUUGUUUUGGUGGUGGUGGUUCUUAAUUUUUAAUUUAGUUUGGGGAAGUAGUUUUUUUUUAUAAAUAUGUUGAUUUCUUGGCUUUUUAUUUCUUGCUCUCCCAUGUUAGGGGUGAUAGCCAAAGGGGUCCUGGUAAGAGAAAGGGGGACAAACAGAAUUGGUGAAGAGGCCCACCUGGCUCCAGGCCUGACCAUCAGGAAGUGAAUUUUGCAGGGCACCAAAGCCCUUGCCUCCUAAAAUCACUUAGGUGUUUUUUGCUUAUGUGGGCAGGUUUCUGCUGCAUUUGGUUUGGAGGCAGUGAGGGGCUUCCUAUCUUCCCUUUUCCCACAACCCUUGGGUAGGACUGGACUUAGUAAUUUUGAGGAAAUCGAAGAUGCCACCUUCCCCUGUGACAUGCCUUUAAUUUUUUUAACUACUAUUUGCAGAUUGGAGGGGAAAGAAUGGGGAGGGGGUUAUUGCCAAAUAUGUUAAAUAUGGGUUGGGAUGCUUGUAUAUGUGUAUCUCCCUCCCUCAGUUUCCCCAGAAAUGAGGUAUCUUUUUUUGCCACACCAAAAUCAAGGGGGUGGGGAAAAAGAGGAGGAAGGUUACAAAAAGUCAGGUAUGGGGGAAAGUAAAAUCAAUGCUGUCCCAUUCUCAGCCUUGAACCCUACCAUCUGGUCCCCUCAGAUAUCCUCAGGAUUUUACAAGACUGUCAGAGUGGAGAACCCCUUCUGUUACAAAUAUGGGCAGGAUUGGGGACAGGUUGGGAGUGUGAUGGGUGGGAGGUGGGAGGCAUGGGCCGGGGCAGUUCUCUCCUCACUUGUAAACUUGUAGUUUCACAGAAAAAAAAAAAACCAGUUUUAAAUAAAGAAAUUUCUUUUUUCCCUGGG